CAUACAACUCUCGCUCAGUUUCUCUAAAACCCCUCUUUCUCUAUCCAAAAUUAAAUCAUAUAUUCCAAGGUAUUCAUCUCUCGUAUUAAUCUUGAUCCCAUUUCAAUUCUUCUUCUUGUUACGAAAUUCUCGAAAGAAAUUUCAAGGAAAAACCCCACCCCUCUAUAAAAACCCCCUCAAACCCCUCUUCCAUCUCCCAUUCACUAAAAAGAAACGCAGAAUCUCUACCGAUUACCCUCUAAAAUCUUGUUGUUUGCUCGAUUUUUGUUCCAAUGGAUCAUCAAAGAUACACCCAGAUGAAUCAAACCCCUGCGACGCCUCCUCCGACGCUGCAGCACCAUUAUUUCUCUAACGGAUUCCCGUUUCAGUCGCUAUCUCCGGCGGCUUUGAACAAUAUGCAGCAGACGCCUGUUAAUCUCCCACCGUCGAUUGAUGUUGAUCGGAGCCUAGCCAAUGUUUUAUCUUCUCUCAGUAUCUCUCAGAACAACUAUACCGACAGCCGGACGUUCCUCCCGCCGACUCUCGACUUCGAUUACGGUGGCGUUACUUCUCCGAUCGGCGGCGAGGGUUUUAUUAGCCCUUUUCGCAGUAACACCAGUUAUGAUGAAAGCUGGAGGGUUUCAAACGCCGUUAACAAUCCUCAAAGGUUUUAUUAUGGUGUGGGCCAUGAUAACCCCAUUACUGUGGACCCUCUUCUUCGUCAUCAUUAUCAUUAUUCCCCUCUCCCCUGCUACAACAGAGAAUUUCUUCCAGGAACAAGUUCUUCAUGGUUUGACCAACAGUUUGACUGGGACCAAAGGUCUUACUUGCUCGCCAAGGAACGAUUGGACUCGACACAACAUCUCAAUUCCUCCCAUAACCGUAGUUCAUCAAUCCCUUCUGCUGCAAUUCUUGAUGAAUCUCUUUUCCACACCAACAAUUUCUCAAUGUCUAGUGAUAAUAACCUUAAUCUUCAACACAUCAACAGUCGCAAUCAUGGUGGAGUGGCGAAUAAAUUGCAAAAUCAACAGUUAUGGAGUCUAUUGCCUUUAAAAGAAAUGAGGGGUAUGAUUUCGUUACUAGCCAAGGAUCAACACGGGUGCAGAAUUCUACAAUCAAAGUUUGAAAACCCAACUAAAGAAGAAAUCGAGCUUGUUCUAACUCACGUGAUGGGUUCAAUUUCUGAUCUUAUGAAACACCAAUUCGGAAAUUAUUUAAUGCAGAAGCUUGUUGCUGUGUGCAAUGCCGAUCAGAAAGCUCUUAUACUUCGUGAACUGACUCAGAAGCCAUUUGACAUAAUUCUAGUUUCCAUGAGUCCAUAUGGGACUAGAGCAAUUCAAUCAUUGUUGGAGAAUCUGGAAGACCCGCAACAGAUUAUGAUGGUAACUAGGGCUUUACAUCGUGGUGCUUCUAAAUUGGCCAAUGAUCCAAAUGGUCACCAUGUUAUUCAAUCAUGCUUGGUUCAUUUUGAUAGUGAUUUCAACCAGCUUAUUCUAGAAGAUAUAGCAAAUAAUUGCUUCAGUGUUGCAACCGAUAAAAGUGGCUGCUGUGUGCUUCAGGCAUGUUUGGAUCGCUCUCAUGGCAAAAUUAGAAACUGCCUUGUUGCUGAGAUCAUGGUCAAUGCAAUUCAAAUAGCAGAAGAUCCCUUCGGGAAUUAUGUGUUGCAACACAUGGUGGGAAUGAAGAUUCGGGAGUUGACACAAGUGCUUGUGAGGCAAUUGAAAGGGCAGUUUUCAUCUCUUUCGAGAAACAAAUAUGCGAGUAAUGUUGUUGAGAAAUGUUUGACUGAAACGGAUUCGGAUAUAAGGGAAACCAUCAUUUUUGAGUUGAUAAAAACCCCCAAUUCCUUAGCGCUUCUCUUAGAUCCCUAUGGCAACUUUGUCAUCCAGUCUGCUCUAAACGCUUCCAAGGAGGGGUUGGCAUAUGAGUGCCUAAGGAAUUUGAUCUCAAGAAAUGAAUCAUCAAUGCAAAGCAAUCUUUAUGGAAAAAAGAUACUAGAAAGUAUCGAAAAGAAGAGGAUCAUACACAUAUAGAGUGGGAGUGGGAGAUGUAUGUGAAUAGAUG